UUCUUCUCUAUUUCUCCCGUCGCCCCCUGUCCCCCUUUUCUCCAUUCCGUUUCUCUCUUCGUCCGCCACCGGCCAUCGACGAGGACGGCCACGGCGGACGGCCAUCUUCGGCCUCCCUCCUGGCCUUCUUUUCCGACGGCACUCCUCUCCCUCCUCUCUCGCUCUUAGUCUCCUUCUCUCUCACUUUCUGAGCCUCCCACCAAAGAGGACAAGUACCGCUGACGGAAACCUCCGAUCUCCCUCGUCGCCUUCUCCUGUGACCCCUCCUUCGAAGAGGACGCCCACGAGAAGUCACCUCCGACGACCGCCGACGACCACAGAUCAAAACAUGGUGUUUUUUGAGGUAGAAAUGCAAUGGAAUGUUUUAAUUUCUCCCAACGAGCUGGAUGCAAAAGGGCUUCUGCUCCAGAAAGCGAUUAUUGUACACCUUAUGGAGGAAUUUGCAAACAGAAAGGCAUCUAAGGAGCAUGGAUACUAUGUUGCAGUAACUUCUCUGAACUCGGUAGGCGAAGGGAAGGUCCGAGGUCUCACAGGAGAUGUUCUUUUCCCUGUAACAUUCAGCUGCAUCACCCAGAAACCUGCCAAGGGUGAGAUCUUACAAGGGUCAGUGGAAAAAAUUCUUAAACAUGGCAUCUUUCUGAAAUCUGGACCAAUGGAAAGUAUAUUUCUGCCUGAAAAGACGAUGAAAGACUACCGUUAUGUUGCUGGGGAGAACCCCGUGUUUCUGAAUGAUAAGCAUUCGAAGCUGGAGAAGGACACCAUUGUGCGGUUCAAGGUUCUUGGGUUCAAGUGGUUGGAAUAUGAUAGGCAAUUUCAGUUACUAGCAACUUUAGCAGGUGAUUUCCUUGGACCUAUUUGAUUAGCUGGCAUUAAUGGACCUGCUUAUGAUAGCUUAGGGUCUUUUUGUUAGGCAGAAGCUGGCAAUUAUGUGAUAAGAGGUUUGUUUUCAGGUUCCAACCUUCUAUAUGUGCUGGUAGAUGCUGUAUGUUUUGAUGAACUUAGCCUACUUGUAAAUCUGUGGGCUGAUGUAUGUUAAACUUGAUCUGGACUUGACUGUACCGCAAAUAUAUUUAUGUUCUUGGCAGUUCUAAAAAUCCUAGAAUGCUUGUAGGUUGAGUUGUUGUGAAGUAAAAAUUGAGUCAGGCUUAACCAUUCUAA